AUGUCGCUCACUCGUUAUGCUGUCAGGCGUCUCAUACUUAAUUGGCACAAUAUUGCUCUCAGACACGUGUCGACAAGAAGCAGAAGCCAUAUUCUGCGGCCCUAUUACUUCUCCACAAAGUCGGCUACUACCGUCUCAUUGCAACCUGAGGGGAAAAUUAAGAAAUUUCAGGCGGACACCAGCAAGCUACUGGGCAUUGUCGCGAGAUCACUGUACUCUGACAGAGAGAUCUUUGUGCGAGAGUUAAUAUCGAAUGCCAGUGACGCAGUGGAAAGAUUGCGUUUUUUGCAAACCUCUGGCAGCGUGAGUGGUUCCGAAACCCCUCUAGAAAUCCAUAUAACAACGAACGAAAAUGAGCGAGUGUUUACUAUAUCUGAUAAUGGUAUCGGUAUGACUGCAGAUGAAAUGGAGACGAAUUUGGGUACAAUCGCUAAAUCUGGGUCGAGUGAAUACGUUGCUCAACUGAAACAAAAUAGUGAGACUGUGGGCGACCCGAUCAGCAUAAUUGGCCAAUUUGGUGUCGGGUUUUAUGCCGCGUUCAUGGUGUCAGAAGAGGUUGAGGUUCAAUCCAUGAGUCAGGUCGACGAAAAGGACAGAAAAGGCCAUAGGUGGGUUUCAAAUGGAACAGAAGGCGUCUACACAAUUUAUGACUUCGCGGAAGCUUCUCCGGGAACUAAAAUUACCCUUCAUCUAAGGGAAGAUUCGGCAGAGUUUGCAAAGGAAUCAGUAAUCAAAUCCAUCAUCCAGAAGUAUAGUAAUUUCAUUGGCGUCCCCAUUUUCCUUAAUGGGAAGCUAAUUAAUGGUUUCGAACCGCUCUGGACGAAGGAUCCUUCGAGGGCAACUGACGACGAAUAUGCAUCGUUUUACCAAUUCAUUACCGGUAAUAGGUACGAUUCACCCAGGUAUCGAAUCACAUUCAAAACGGAUUCGCCAAUUAAUUUGCGCGCACUCUUGUUUGUUCCAUCAAUGAAACCGAACAUCUUUGAGGCUGCCAGGGCGGAGAGAAACUCAUUGGCGCUCUACAGUCGAAAGUUCUUAAAAUCUCCACAGAUUCUUAUUACAAGUAAAAUCGACACUCUACUACCUACAUGGUUGCGCUUUGUCUGCGGAGUUGUUGAUAGUGAAGAUAUCCCCCUCAACUUGAGUCGCGAGUUGCUUCAGGAUCAUGGCCUUAUUCGCAAGGUUAAUCUCAUACUUACCUCUCGAAUUCUUCGUUUCCUUAAGAGCGAGUCUAAACGUGACGUAAAGAACUUCUUGGAUUUUCUCUCCGAUUUUGGUCUCUACUUAAAAGAAGGAAUCGUUACUGAGUCUGAUCAGUCCACCCGUGAGAUGAUUGCUAAACUCCUUCGAUUCGAAAGCUCUGCUUUGCCUGCGGGUCAGAAAACAAGCCUCGAUGAAUACGGCUCUCGAAUGCGCACUGGGGAGAGCAAUAUUUUCUUUCUGUCAGCCCCUAAUAGAGACCUAGCUGAAGCCUCCCCAUACCUCGAGAUCAUCAAAAAGAAGAUGAAUGAACGUGAGGUGCUGUUUCUCUAUGAACCCUAUGAUGAAUUAGUUUUGAUGAAUUUGGGCCAAUACGAUCGGAAGAAUUUGUAUUCGAUUGAGAAGGUUCUUGCGGAAGAUAUCUUAGACACUGAGGUUGUGCAGAAAUCUGAGAGCGGUUGCCUCUCCCAAGAGGAAGCUAAUGUCCUUGCCAAGUGGGCGGAGGAAAUGCUUGGGUCUAAGGUUAAGAAAGUCAAGGUGACCCAACGGCUUUCGCAGCAUCCCUGCUGCGUGCAAAUCCGUGAGGCUGGUGCGAUGCGUCAUCUGCUACGCACCGUUCUGGCAAGCCGACCACCAUUGGAGAAGCUGCGACUGAUGGAACCAGUGCUAGAGUUGAACCCCCGGCAUUCAUUGGUGCGGUACCUCUACAGUCUCGUCACCUCCGCGCCGAACCAUCCGGAAGAUGGUAUUCUCGGCACCGCUCUUGUCGAAUAUCUUUUUGACUUUGGUCUGGCCCAUGCUGGCCUCCUUGAAGAGGCUCGUGAGAUGGCCUCUCGCACCUCACAGUUGCUCACUAUUCUUUCCGAGAGAGCUAUCAGGAAGCAAAUGUAA